AUGGGUUUGCUCGACAAAUUAAUCAACGAGGUCACCCACCAGGGCCAGAGCGGUAGCAGCGGCCAGCAGGGCGGCUACAAUCAGGGCGGCUACGGAGGAAACAACUACAACCAACCCCAAGGCAAUUAUGGCGGUCCCCAGCAAGGAUAUGGCGGUCCCCAGCAGGGAUAUGGCGGUCCUCAACAAGGAUAUGGCGGCCCACAGCGAGGCUACGGUGCUGGUCAAGGAACACCUCAAGUCCCGCCUCCAUGGCGCGCCGUCUGGGACGAUCGUGAGAAUCGCUGGCUCUUCAUCAACGAGCAGAACGGCGAACGCACUUUCGAGCAUCCUGGUCGUGCUGGUGGAUACGGCGGUGGCUAUGGAAGCAGCUACAACCAAGGUCCUCCUCAAGCUCAAUACGGCGCAUACGAACAACAACAGCCUCAGCAGAAGAAGAACCACAAUCUAGCAUACGGAGCCAUGGGCGCCGCAGCUGGACUUGCUGGCGGUGCACUACUCAUGCACGAAGGUCACGAAGUCAAGGAGGACUGGGAGGAAGACAAGUACAGAGCCGAGAACAAGUUCGAUCGCUUCGAAAACCGUGUCGGAGAGGUCGAAGACAUCCCCCAGGACAUCGAGAACGAUUACGACCGUGUCAAGUACGGCAUGGAGAAUAAGUGGGCAAAUGGUGUCCAGGAUGUCGAGGAUGUGCCCGAGGACAUUGCUGGCUUUGCUGGAGAGGGCGUCGGAAAGGUCGAGCGCUGGGGCGAUGAUGUCGACAGAUUCGGCGACAACAUGGACAACGCCUACGACCAAGGCAGAGAUGAUGAGCGCUACGGCGACGACAAUGACCGCUGGUAA